GCGGUAGCCGAUUAAAACUACUGCAGUUUUACGAGUGACUACUCCACACGAUGGAAUAACUUGAAGCAUCAUUCUUUCUUGACGUGCCUCCAGAGACUUUCAGUAAUUUAAUUUCUUGGCGCGCUGCUGCCUGACAAGCUGGUCUCCCCAUCGCUGCAACCUCUUACGGUAUCACCUCGCUAGUGCGCCCAAGUGACUGGAGCGAUCAGUCCUCACGACAUCAUCGAAGUGAUCACUUGGAUACACACUACCAGCAGCCGUUUCGGAGCAGCUGUUCUUAUGCGCAACAAAUUUAGUCUCUCAUCAAAAUCCCACCAGUUUGUCUUGAGAUGAACUCGUCUAAACGACGCCGUCAGCAGCAGCAAAGGCUCACUUUUGAGGCCGUCCCUCAAAGCGAGUUUUCGCCACCCUUCGACAAAGGGCCCUCGCCUGCGAGGGUCAGGUUCCAGUCGCCCAGGGACGGUAGUCCUCACAGCACUCGUGCGGUGAGACCGCUCAGGAUGGCGCGCUCCAAGAGGCCGAGGCAGCAGACCCUGGAUGCAUCGCUCAGCAAAGGCAGAACAAAACGCCAGACCAACCAGCCGGAAGGUUCGGAAGGCGAGGAUGACAAUGUGCCCAUCACACUGGGGCAGGAUGUGAAGGUUCGACGAGGUCAGUCUCCUGUUCCUUCUCCCUGGUCGUCCGUGUCAAAAUCCACAAGAGCACGCCACCAUGUUGUGGAUAGCGACACAGACACCCCCGUGGAAGAGGACGGGGAGCUGGAUGACACGGACGGCGAAGGCCCCUCGACACACGAGAUCACCCGAAGGCGUCUCAGUCGCCCAGCCAAGCGAAGCAACGCACCUGUCAUCAACUUGGAAGACAGCGACGACGGAGAAGAAGACGAGCCCAACGCCCGCUCGUCCCAGUCCCUACCGAACCAGGCAGCCGUCAGUGACGACUCUGACGAAGCGCCGCUGGUGACUCCACGAUCGAGCGUGCGCAAGAAGAGCCGAGUCGUCUUGGCUGAGGAUGAAGAUGAGGAUGAGGACGAGGACGGAGAGGACGAGGAAGACGUGCAGAGCCCCACCAAACGCCGGAGGCUCACCCGCAACACCCGCGCCGUGAGCCUUGUGGACAGCGACGACGGCUCAGACUCACAGCUGAGCCAGCCCGGCCUGGCGGCCGCUACUUCCCCAAGCAAGGACUCUGCCUCCGCGCAAGCCUGGACCCGUAAGAUGCGGUCGAGCGCGCGCAGGGGCCACCGCUCCGACAAGGAGAAGAAGAUGGAGCUGCUGCGGCGCAGGCGGGCCGGGGAGAAGGAUCUCACGAUGGAAGACCUCGACACGUCCGAGGAGGAAGUCGCGGGGGAUCAGGGUGCGCUGUAUGAUACGGACUCGGACCACCAGGCCCUCGACGUGUUCGACGACGAAUCUGACGACGCGGGACCCGCGGAGGAGCAGCCUGCAGCGGCUGCCAAGAAGGCGAAGAAGAACAAAAAGAAGCAGAAGGGUCAGGGGAAGGGCAAAGGGCAAGAUGCUGCGAAUGACGGCGGGGAGGAGGGCUCGGAAGACAGCGAGGGCAACCUGGACGGCUUCAUCGACGAGGAUGACGACACGCUCGGGGUGCCGGACGACGCGCUGCAUCUGAUGCCGCUCGAGUUCACGCGGGCCUCGCGCAAGCCCCUCAAGGCGCACUUCCGUGACGCAGUGGAGUGGCUGGUCCACCGCCGCAUCAAUCCCGGGUUCGAGAGGGAUGACGAGGUGUACAGGACGGCGUGGACGCGGCUCAACGACGAGGUGAUGGGCCUGGCCAACUCCAAGUGGGUCUCGUCCUCCUGGAGGCCGGACUUUUACCGGGUCCUCAGGGCGAGACCGUAUAUCGAGCAGGCUGAGCUUGGGUACGGUCACCUCGGUACUGAUGUGGACAAGUGUCAGGCGUGUGGCCGCUCCAACCACCCGGCGACGUGGGCUAUCAACUUUACGGGAAAACCAUACGACAGCACGACAUUGGAUGAGCUGGAGGACGAGGCAUCCACCGACUCAGAGAACGAGUCCUCCUCCGGCGACGCCGGGCCGGGGGAGCAGAAGCAGAAGAAGGACCACCCAGACCGCGACGCGAACGGCCACGCCCUGCCGCCCGAGGACAAGCAGUUCUUUGUCGGCACGGUGUGCAACAGCAACGCGGAGAUGGCGCACAACCUGCUGCACUGGAAGCCCGCGCUGCGGGACUGGGUCAACAACGCGCUGGAGCGGGAGGGCUGGCUGGCGGCCGAGAGGCUGGUCGAGCUGGACCGGAUGAAGCGCAAGAAGCGGCGCAGGGUGGCCGACGAGGUCGUCCAGGGCUGGGACGACAGCGGCGUCAUCAAGCGGCUCUUUGCCGACUUCAAGGAGAACAUCCGCCGCGCCGAGGAGCGGGACACCACCAAGUCGUCGAGGGGCGGGCGGAGCUACAGGCGGUAGGUCUCGGCUGUGUGGCUCUUGACUCCGCCGUCUGACUGAACUAUGGAGCUGGGGGUGGGAUUGGGGGGGGGGGUGUGGUUUCUUGGACAAUCUGUCGCUGGUUGCUCUGGCUUGAUGACACUCAUUCCACCAUAGGAGGCAGAGACCAGGGGGGGCACUCCUUAGCUGUUUGACUCUGCUCGCUGUCGUGUCAUUCGUCGACAAGCGGGAGUCUGGUGGUUGAUUUCUUGGACUUCUGGAAACUGGUCUAUCUGGCUUGACUGUGGCUGGAGCUGCCACAUCUGAGCUUGCUGCCCGUGCGACUGGGGGAAUCGAAUCACGGUCUACUGAUUCUUGUUGAGAUGGAACGCCCUCAUGUUGGACAAGGGGAACGCAAGGCCCUGCUCACCCGGAAAUAAGGAUAUGCUGGCGAGCAAGUCAGAGGCCAUUUUCUUUGCGUGGCGGAUUGAUUGAUUGAUCCAUGGGCGACUGGUUACAAGACGAAUAGAUCUGCAGGCUCACACGAGCGGGCUGGGCCGUCUGUCCUCGGGGGCCCGGGGGACGAGAGACCCCAUUAUUAGAAGUUAUCGUCAUGACAGCGACAAUGAUA